CUUCUGAUACUGAUGAGGACGUUGGAAAAUAUGAUGACAGUGGAAAAUAUGAUGAUGAUGAUGAUAUAGAUGAUGAAGUAGAUGAAGGUUAUGAAGAGGAGAAUCAUGAUGAUAUGCCUUCGUACAAAUCUGACUUAGAUGAUGAACCUGACCUGUCAGAUACAACGUCCACAAAUAACCCAUCUUGGUUGGAGAAGAUACAACAAACAGUGAGGAAUAUUCUACAGGCUGUUAAUUUAUUCCAAAUGCCAGUAAACAUAUCAGAGGCUGCUCAUGUACGCAAGGAAUAUGAUGAAUCCAGUGCCAAGUUAUCUAAAAUACAGACAAGGAUAUCAAGUUUGACACAAAAGCUAAAGCAUGACUUUGGACCAGAGAAGGAGUUCUACUCAUUCUAUGAUCGUUGUUUUGAGAGCAAGCAGAACAAGUAUGUUUACAAAGUGUGUCCAUACAAACAAGCUUCUCAGGAGGAGGGCCACGCCACUACUCGUUUGGGGCGUUGGGACAAAUUUGAGGACUCGUACAGGAUGAUGGUAUUUUCAAAUGGAGAUAAGUGCUGGAAUGGCCCAGAUAGAAGUAUGAAGGUGAAAUUAAGAUGCGGUUUGAAAAACGAGAUCACUGAUGUUGAUGAACCGAGCCGUUGCGAAUAUGUAGCUUUGUUGUCAACACCAGCUGUUUGUGUGGAAGAUAAGCAAAAGGAACUGCAACAUAAACUAGAUUUGAUGAACAAAGAACAACCUCUGGAACAUGAUGAACUUUGAGGAGCCUGAACAGAAUUUUUGCGGAUGCACUAGAGGAUUUGGACUCCCUAUUCUUAGAAGGCUUAUCAGUGUAAUUUUAGAGAUGUAGAAUGUGGCCUUUCCGAGCUGGUAGGCUGAAGAAUUUCAAGCAAUAUCUGAGGUGGCCUCCUGAAAAUUUUUUUCAUAGUGGAGUAUGCUUCAUUAUUGCAAUUACACGGGUGAAUUGAGGUGCAAUUAUUAUUUGUCUGGCUAAAAACUGAUUUUGGUAACAUUAGUCCUGUCAUAUAUACUUGAAUAUCUGCAUAGAAUAAUUAUAAAGAUACUAAUAGUCAAAGAUGACAUUAGUUCCAGUGACCUGUGGUUCUCUUGGUAA